AUGGGCUCCAAGAACAGGUCGGUCAUAGAGGAAUUCUGUGACUUUGAGCCGAAUCCCAAUUUGCCAGGCCCAGAAAGGGAGGUGCUCCUGCCAUCUGAGUUUGAGUCUUUUCACUCAAACUCAACAUCAAGUUUACAAAAUAAAGAAGGUGCCCAUGAUACACAACAUGAGAAGGAAAUUGAUGAGUUUGAGGAAUUUGUGAAUUCAAAAUAUGAAGAGCAUUGUUCUUCAUCAGAAUAUUCAUGUCCGCCAGGCCCAAUUGGCCCUCCAGUAGGUUCUGUUGAAGAAAAUAUAGGUAAUUCCUUCACCAAUCAAGCUAACCAAAGUACUGACAAUUCAGUACCGAAAAGUUAUUCUUUUGAGAAUAAUUCUAGUCAGUUAUUUCAUAGUUGGUUCGGCCAGUCACCAAAUGUUUCACACCCGGGUAGUACUCAUGUUACUGAAAUAAAUCAAUUAGCCCAUACUAGCUCUUCUAGCAAUGCUAAUAUUCCCGGCUUAGAUCGGAUUUCUGAAUUAUGUAGGCUUAGGAAUGAACAAACUAAUGCCCUUUUUUCAAAUUCAAAUGGGGGUGAGUUACAGGCUGAUAGAUCUGAAUCAAAAUAUGGCCCCUAUGAAAAGAAAAAUGGUUCAAAACCACAUGUAACAGUUGGCACAGUUUCAAGCACCCAGCCGUUUAAACCCCAGGGAAAUCUGAUGAUCAUAGAAAAUACAAGCACCCCUUCGGUUAAGCCAGAACUGUCUAUUCCGAAGGAUAACUUUAAACCUCAGUCACAUGAUGACUUCAAACCCUUGUCACAUGAUGAUUUGAAACCUCGUUCACACAGUGGUCAUCAGGGCGAUUUCAAGCCUUGGUCACAUGACAAUUCUUCAGGUGACUUCCAGAGUGAAUUCAAACGCCGGUCACAUGGUGAUUUAAAGCCUCAGUUACACAGUGGUUAUCAGGGCGAUUUGAAGCCUUGGUCACAUGGCAAUUUUUCAGAUGGCGCACAAAAUGAGUUCAAACCUUUGUCACACGAUGGUUUAAGACCCCUGUCACACAAUGACAUUUCAGAUAAAUUAAGGUCUCCGCUAUUUGAUAUUAAUCCUCAAUUACGAAGUGACUCUCAAUCGCAGCAUACUCUUGCGCAUGCCCAACUGAAAAAUGUUCAGUUUUCUUAUCAAAAUUCGACAGUAGGUCAGGUUUCGAACCAUAGUGCACAGCCUGUCUAUACUACACCAAAUAGUGCACAGCCAACUUACCUUGCGUCUCGCAAUCAAAGGCCCACUAGUGUACAUUUCGCGUACCCUGGCUCCAGUAAUAUGCAGGAUAGUUCUGCUGAUUCUAGAGGGAUUUCAACUACAAGUAUUUCUCAUUAUAUUAAUCCUACAUUUCAUUCCUCAAUGCCACAGCCAGCGUAUCAUGCCUUUGCACAAACUAUUCCUCAAACAGUCGUACAAUCUUUUCCGGCUAAUGUACCGGCAACGCACACUACGACUGCACUUCCGGGUUACCCGGCACCCGUCUUGUCUGCUCCGACUAAUGUGCCGGCAUCGCACACUACGACUGCACUUCCGGGUUACCCGGCACCCGUCUUGUCUGCUCCGACUAAUGUGCCGGCAUCGCACACUACGACUGCACUUCCGAGUUACCCGGCACCCGUCUUGUCUGCUCCAACUAAUGUGCCGGCAUCGCACACUACGACUGCACUUCCGGGACACCCGGCAUCCGUCUGGUUAGCCUUGACUACUGUACCGUCACAAUACCCAGCGGUUUCACAACCAGCUCCUUCUACUGUACAGCUACCGUACCCUACCACGGUACAUUCAGGGUACCCAGUUGCCGUACCCCUAGCUCCUACGGUACCGCUAGGGUACCCUGUGACCACAACAGUGUGUUCAACAAUUACAAGUAUACCUUCAGGCUACCCAAGUGCUGCUCAGCAAGCUCAUCUCUCUGCUCAGCAGCCGAUUUCCACAUCAGUGCCCCCGGGUUACCCGGGGACCGCACACUUAGCACCUCCCUAUCCCGUCUCUGGGCACCAUACUCUCUCCGGAAUUACCCGACCAAUGAUCAAUGCUCACUCAUUACAGUCUGCCGUCACGCAGACUUCUUUUCUCCCCUAUCCGCCAUCAAAUUUAAGUAGCGUCGCACCGGCAAUAACACAAUUGCCUUAUCCGACAUCGGUACAUUCGGCGUUCCCAGCCAGUGUACAUCCAGGGGGACCUCCCUCCAUUUCGUCGGCAUAUCCGAGUACUAUGCCAUCAGUGUUACCAGUAACAACACAGUUGUCAUUUCCGACACCGGUGCAUUCGGUGUAUCCAAUGUACAGUCAGGAGGGUUUACCUCCAAUCAGUCGAUGUACCCAGCUACGCCAUCUACAUUACCUGUCGUAG